GGCGGCGACGGCGCUGGAACCCAUGGACACGGCGUACCCCCGCGAGGACCCCCGGGCCCCGACGGCCCGCUCGGCCGACUGCGCCUCUCACACGGCCGUCGCGCUGGGGGCGCCGAGACCCCCGCCCAGAGACCACCUGAUCUGGUCGGUGUUCAGCACCCUCUACCUGAACCUGUGCUGCCUGGGCUUCUUGGCGCUGGCCUACUCCAUCAAGGCCCGAGACCAGAAGGUGGCUGGAGACCUGGAGGAGGCCCGGCGUUUAGGCUCCAAGGCCAAGUGCUACAACAUCCUGGCGACCAUGUGGGCCUUGGUGCCGCCCCUGCUGCUCCUGGCGCUGGUGGUGACUGGUGCCCUGCACCUGUCCCGGCUGGCCAAGGACUCCGCCGCCUUCUUCAGCACCAAGUUUGACGACUCAGACUAUGACUGACAGGCUGG